CACCUGUGUCGCACGUCCUCAGUCGCAAAGCGGCCGCGUCGCGCGCCACCCGCCUCGUCCGAGCGCUCUAUUAUGACAGUGACGUGAUGGACGGCAAAGAUUUCGGUGCGGUCCCCGGCUUGCCGGCUGGCCUGGACUAUUUUAUGAUGCCGCGCGUCACGCAACCCGCUCCGCAAUUUGACUUCAGAAAACUCGGCGCUAGUUUCAGCGGCCGGGACGAUGACAAAAAUGAAGAGAGACGCACUCCUGAAUAUCCGUCGGAGCGACGUGAACCGCCACCUGCCCCUUGGCCGCUCGGUCUCGGUGUACAGUUCGUCAAUCCGGCCACGGGGAAGAAACGAGUGCAGUGUAACGUUUGCCUUAAGACUUUCUGUGAUAAAGGCGCGUUAAAAAUACAUUUUUCGGCUGUGCAUCUGCGUGAAAUGCACAAGUGUACGGUGGAAGGAUGUACGAUGAUGUUCAGUUCACGGCGUUCGCGUAAUCGACACAGUGCUAAUCCAAAUCCUAAGCUGCAUUCGCCGCACGUGAGGCGUAAGAUAUCCGCGCACGAUGGCAGAUCCGCGCAACCUUUCCCAUUGUUACCGGCGUUAGCUCGCUUACCUCUGCCACCGCCAGCGCUGCUACCGCCUGAACUCGCAGCACGCCUACCGCCACCGCUACAAGGUUCACACGGUCCUGCAUCGAUGCCUCCGAGAAUUCCUCUUGAAGAUCUUCGUAACUUCAGUGAAAUAGAAAAAAUGUACAGGAAGAUUCCAUCGCCAGAAGAUUCUUCUCGUCAUGCGUUAGACCUUGUGAAGCCUCAUGUGAAUUCUGAUUAUGAACCUUAUAGUUGCAACGAUAGUAGUUCUGAAGUUUUAGAUGUUGAUAAGAAAGAACCUUUGGAAACGCGAAUCGAAUCGCCGAUCCACGAGAGGCGGAGCUACGAUGAACCGGAAGAUUUAAGUGUAAACAAACGAAAAGAUAAUAUUAAACAAGAAAGUGUUCAUUCUGAAAGUAGUGGUAGAAUAGACACUACCUCGUCUGAUGACAAGUCAUCGCUAAUUCCAAAUAAACGUAAAAGAAAAAGUGGAAAUCCCACGAGAUGUUCGCAAAACAAUGAAUAUAGUGUAUCCGAUGAAGAGUAUAAUGGUGAUUUAUUUAAAAAUUUAUCAGUUGCAUGUUCGAGUCAAGCGACCGAGGAGCCAUUAUCAUUAAAAAAACAAAAACCUGAAAAGUGGGAGCCAUUUCAGAACGGUGAGGAAACGAAUGUGGAUUCGGAAUCGAUAACUAAUGUGAAGGCUGAAAGUGAAUCUGAUGAUGAGUCGAGUGUACCGAGUGUUGUCAGAGAAGGAUUGCGAUUGCGUUCCGAUCUCUACACACCGAGUGACAGUGGAAGUGACUUGCACGCGCUGGAAGAGCGACUCGCGCGAGUACGAUCCCCUUCAGCCAGUAGUGAUAGGACCGACGAUAGAUCUGAUAUUAACGAUAUCGAAAUUCCAAUCGAUGAAGAGAAUCCUGAUCGAUGCACCGCCUGCGGGAAAAUAUUUCAAAAUCACUUCACGCUGCGAAUGCAUUAUAGAAACGAUCACCUGAAGCUUCUUCACCCUUGCGACGUUAGCGGUUGCGAUGCCGCUUUCCCUUCCCGGCGCAGUCGAGACAGACACAGCUCUAACAUAGAUUUACACCGGAGAUUAUUAUCUACGUCAUCGCCUGAUAAUCGAGAGCAGCGCCCCGCUUUUGAAGUCAAUGCUGAAUUACUUAACAAAUUAUACGCAGAUAUUAAGGGCCUCGCAUCUACGCUUGAAAGCCUUCGAUAUGGCGGCGAGGAGUCAUCGCAGCUACCAAACUACGUGUCUGAGACGAUGAAAUUCUAUAGCAGGAAUUUAGGUGCACUGCAAGCGGGUUUAUUUCCGCAGUUAGGAGAGCGGGGGUUUUUUCCGGCCCCAUUUCUAAUGAGUAACGCGACGCCGCAGACGGGUGGGCUAUACGGGGCUCCAGCGGGGGCCCAGUCGGCGAGAGAGUCGUUGUCACCUCUAUCAGCGUCGUCUCCGCCCGUGCUGUCACCCGGGAGACUCGACGCAGCGCACGCGCGCCCCAGAGAGGACGCUAAACUGCUUUUUCGAGAGACUUCUGAAUCCUACAAGAAGAUGACCUCGUUGUGCGAGCGGCAGGAGCAACUGUACCAACACCAUGUCCCCGUGUCAUGACGCACCCCGUACAACCCGCGCGCCUCUUGGUGAUACCUCACUCCUUAGCCCCCGCGCGUGUGAACAGACUCUGUAUAUUUAAUUGUUAAUAAUAUUAAUUGUUUUAAUUCUAUCAUAAUUCGUUUUGUAUUUUUCUUGUGAUAUUUAGACAAAUAUAUCGUAAUCCCACGAACUGUAAGUUAGGGAUAGUACCUACCGCUUGGGUAUUUCUGUUGGCGAAGCGAAGUGCAAUAAGGUUAAAGUAAUGGACGGCGUAUGUACUGUAUCGUGUAGAAUAUUCGUAAUCGAUGUUGAAAGUAAACGUUAUAAUGAUCAGCUUCAUUUAUUGUUCUGGCGCAAUAAACUCAUUGAGGAAAAA